AUGGCCUCCUCUUACUACCAGCCCGGGCCUCCGCCGCCCCCUCCGUCGCAGCAAUACCAUGCGACGCCUACACCAACGCCCCCGACACCCAUCUCCAUCACCAUCUGCGGCGACGGCGGCUGCGGCAAGUCCUCCAUCACGCUGCGCCUCGUGCGCUCCCAGUGGACCUCGGACUACGACCCGACCAUCGAGGACAGCUACUCGGUCUCGCGCCGCGUCGACGGCGCCGCCUACACGCUCGCCCUCACCGACACCGCCGGCCAGGAGGAGUACCGCGGCAUGUGGGCCAGCUCCAACCUCGGCGCCGACGCCUUCCUGCUCGUCUACGACAUCACCUCGCGCGACUCCCUCGACGCCCUGCAGUACUUCAACGACCUCAUCGACAUGGAGGCCGAGACGCGGCUGGACAACGCGGAGCGCGCGCGCAAAGCCGGUCUCGGCGGCGCCGGCGCGGCGGAUGCGAAGCGGCGCGGCGCGGGGGCGGGCCCGCGGAUGGUGCCGCCGGUCAAGAUCGUGGCGGGAAACAAGUGCGACUUGCAGCAGAGCAGGCAGGUGUCGGCGGCGGUCGGGCUGGACUGGGCGCGCAGGCGCGGCUGCGGCUUCAUGGAGACGAGCGCGCGGCUCGAGGUGAAUAUUGAGGAGACGUUUGCGCUGCUGCCGCUGACGCCGCUGCCGCAGGACGACAGCGCCGGCACGUUGGGCGGCGGCGGCGGCGGCGGCGGCGCGGAGAAGCACCGCGCCGGCGGCAUGGGGGGGCCGCGGGUCACGGGGGAGCGCUUCGGGCGUGGCAAGGGCGGGUUCUGGAAGAGGCUGCGCUGCUGGUAG